AUGGUUCUUCUCAUUGCCCUCGCAGCGGGCUUCCUGCUCGACCAGGUCUCAGCCAAUGCCCCUCUAGCCAGGACGCCGCUUGCUAGUACGCCUGUUCCUGCUCAGCCUUCGAUUGUCUGUCGAACAAAAUUGGGAACAGCGUCCGUGGCUGUAAUCCCGACGUUCACAGUCACCCACACAUCCCAUGAUACGCAUCCGGUUGUGGUCUAUUCGACGGUUCAGGAUACCGUCACGGUGACACCCACCGCAACAUGGCUGUCGUUCACAGACUACGCGACCAUCACUGUUACAACCACCGCUGGUACAAUCACUGACACUUUCUCCACGACCUCAACGAAAUACACAACAGUAACGGAUACGCUUACCUUACCCACAGUCACAGCCACUUCUUUGAGCACCAUCUCGGUGCUUUCAACUGCCACCUCCACCAUCAGCACUGUAGCAGGCUUCACCCCGAUUGCAGACACCAUGGCCACCCCAACAGGGCUUAAGCGAAGCCUGUCCGAGGACCCCGAGGAUUCUGAUGAUUCUGAGGAUAGCUGUCCCAACUGGGACGACGACUAUCAGUAUACCACAGCCGUCGAGUGUGUUGCUACUGCCGUUGUCAAGACUACGACCACCUCCACUGUCAUAGGAUCGCCGGCGACUGCAACUGCUGCUGAGCCGACGAGAACCACUACUGUUACUAGCACAGUGACGAGCAGCUCAACGGUCCUACCAGCCGACGCCUCUACCACGUUGAGUUACUCUACUCUCUCGACGGUCACGGAGACUUCCACCGCACGGGCAGUGACCAGCACCGUGACAUCAAGCACAACAGUGACUACUGGUGUGACCACCACCUCUCUCUACGCGGCGUGUGCUACUAAUAACAUUGCAUCUUCCCCGUUGUCCUCGGACUUUGGCUCUCAAGCCGGACAGUACAUCGACGUUGUUACGUUCAGCAACAUUCCUGGCCAGGACUUCGUGGUCGCAUCCGUAUCGUCACCAUACGAUUGCUGCGUCGCAUGUCAGCAAAAUCCCGCAUGUGCAUUUACGUACUCCUUUGCGUACAACCCCUCAUAUUGUCAUAUCGUUCUAACGAAUUCGUGCUCGUCGAAAACUCAUGGCACAGCCGGCACCACGUCUGUGGCAAACGGCGCGAUGAUUCUAUCUAAUGGGCCCUGCGGCCGUAUUCUUCUCCAGUGA